UCUUGAUGAGUGAGUUUAGAAAUAGGCUCAUCUCAUCAAAAUGCCAAGUCCAUUCACACUUGUUACAGAGCUAGUAAACAUGGUGGAUGAGGAGACGGAGAUUAGACAGUUCCGAAGCCACGCCCCGGAGGGCUGUUACGGCGAGAUCAUCAAGCUGGGUCCAAACCAACGCAAGGAAGCCAGUUCCAGAAAGUUUUACCAGCGCGAAGCCGAUUCCUUCGGGCCUUCGGUUCUCAAAAUUUUCGUUGGCGGCCGAGACACAGGUCGUGUAUUGACGCCUCAUCAUUUCAUUUGCUAUUCAAAGAUCGUGUUCCAGCUUGAUGGCAAUGAAGAACUCAUCAUCACAGCUGUUAGAGACGCCUCCUUUUUCCUGUAUAGACUCAAGGGCUUGCGUUUUCUUAUGGGAAGGAACAACUGCGAGGGCAUGCCAGAAGAAGAGAUCGAUUGAGUCCUGAAUAUCAUCACCAUCUGGCACCCAUUUUUUUACUUUUCCUUUAUGUGUAUAUAUAGCAUUUGGUGUGAUGAUUGUGUAAUAUUUUUAUGGUGUAAGGUAUUGGAUUCAAUUCGUAUAGAGAGGAGUUACCUUUGUAUAGAUUUAUUUCUCUCUCGUUACGAAGUUGUAUGUAAUUGAUAGUAGUUGUUGGAUCUAUUGUGGAUUAAUAGUUUAUUUGAUAAUGUAAAAUCAUAUUUGUAAUUA